AUGGGAAUCGAAGCUUUACGUGUUGCAAGGCAGAUGUUGUUCGAAGCCAGCAAAGUUUACUUGCAAGUCGAAGUGGAUCGUCACAAACGAGUGUCAACACCCAAAGAUCUGCACGGCCGGAGACUUGCGAACGUUUUCUUGCGUGAAAAGGACAAUGGACUCUACAACUUCGCUGACAAGCUUGCCUUUUCUGGACACACGCUUUCCUUCUACACUACCGGUAUUGACAUGUCCAUAGAUAGAGCAAUGCGAGAUGCAAUAGAAAAGAAACGAGGUGUUUUUUCUCUACCCGAAGAAGUAUUUACCUACCCCUACCGACCCUGGGACUUGCGCAAGCUGUGGAACGAUGUUGACAACGCGCGAAGGUAUGCAGAGGUACGACCCAUUUUGAACCGACCUAGCGAUCCGAAAGUAUGGAGUGGCACAGAAAAUGAUGACGCCGAUCACAUGGACAGUGAAAGCAGCGACAACUUCUUUUUCAAUAUCCAGCCCUCCACGCUGUUCUGGGAAAGCCGGUGCUACGCAGCUAAAAGCACAAUUCUUGAUGCCGGACUUGGUCUAUUCAUCAAGCCCCAUGACAACACAAUAGAAGUCAACGACCACCUUUGCCUUUACGCCGAGAAUAGCACAAACCUAGAAAAAAUCACCGACAGCGGUAGCUCUCGCAUAUAUGCAAUGUAUGUACCAAGAAAAAGACUAUGGUUUGAUGCUGAUGUUGAGACUGGAAAUAACCUAGGGAGGUUUGCCAAUCAGCCCGGUGUCUUGGAAGCCUUCACUGAAAUUAAACGUCUGUCAAAUAAAGACCUGCCUCACUUAACAGCCGGCGAUUGGAUAAACGUUGAAAAAGUUCUCGAUGAACAAUGCAACGCGUGCUAUGACACAGUCCGUGACCAAUUGGUAGUCAAAGCUCGAAAGCAAAUGCCGAAAACCCAUAAACCUGUGGAAGUGUUCAUGAAUUAUGGAGGACUGAGAGAGUAUUGGAUACCACUGAUCCUACAGCACAUGUCUGAUGCAAACUUCCCAGCAGAAUUGAAGGCCAUUGUGCAAUGGCUGCAGCAAUCGGAACAGUGUAAUUGGACAGUCGAACAGCGAAGAGAGUGGUCCCCAUCAUU